AUGGCGGAGUGGAUUCAGCAGCUGGUCCUUGCGGUACACCAGGGCAGGUUUGACAUCCUCUUCGAGCCCCUGCCGCAACAGAGGGCGGACGCCCCGAGGCUGCAGUACGCCCAGGACAUCUGCGACAAGGCUUGGGUCGCUGGGAGUGCGGGGAGGCAGCUGCGAGCACCCUCCGUGUCCGAGGUGGAGCAUGGUGUGGCAGGCCAUCCAGCGGGCACAGGUGAUUUCUACGACGAGGCGGAGUCCCCCGCAACAGACCCAGUCGAAAAGGAGGAGUUCGGCAUAUCCCUGGCUUCGAGAAAGGCGCAGAAGAGGAACCUGUCAAUGAUGCCUUGUGAG